AUGGAGGAACGAUCAGUCCCUGAAUGGGUGUACCGUCUCCGGCGGGACUACCGGGCCAUGCUGCCCGCGGCAUCGCUCGUCGCGCGCGUCCGCAACGAAGCCGAUGCCGGCGGCGGCGGUGGUUGCGUCAUCAGCCCUGAACGCCAGGAACUGAUCUACAACGAGGUGGUGCGCGAUGCCGUGUGCGUCCGGUUCCCGCCGUCCUUCGCCUUUCGCAAGCGCUUCCUGAAGGCCCUGCUCGAUGUCAUCCAAGAGCAGGACGAGGAGGUGUUCGAGCCACUGCUGGAGACCUACAUGGAGCUGCUGCAGGCCCGCGAAGAACGGUUUGACGCCCCGACUGGACUUGCGCUACUGGAGGCGUGUUACAAGACGUACUCGUUCAUGGUGGGCGACGAGGAGAAGACCAUCACCAUCAAGAUCGCGCAGGAGUUCCACGUCGUGGGCCUCGCCGAAUGGGAGGCCGGAGACAAGGUGUGCCUCGAGCUGGGCUCCGGCAUUGGCCUCACAGGACUGGUGCUGGGCGCGGUGGGACCGAAGCAAGUGGUGUUUACCGACUACCUCGAAGACCCGGUGCUCGCCAACCUGCGGCUCAACAUGAACGUGGAGCAGCUCGAUUGGCAGGACUUCAGCGAGGAGCAGCUCGCUGUCUACCGUCCUGACUACAUCAUCGCAGCCGACGUCCUGUACGACCCGGGGCUGGUGGACGCCUGCCUAAAGGUGGUGUCGCAGGUGCUCGAGCGCAACCCGGCCUGCGUGGCCCUCAUCGCCUCCACCAUCCGCAACGAAAACACCUUCGCCCACUUCCUGGCCCAGGCCCCGGCCAUGGGGCUGGCCGUCACCACGGCCCAGCUCCACGCCAGCCCACCCGCCCUCGUCGACACGCUCCCCUUCUCCCUGCCACCACCGUCCGCCCUGUUCACCGCCGCCGCCGACGCACCACCAUCACCGCAGCUGCAACUGCCGCGGUUGUUUCCGUACGUGCGCGAGAACAAGACGAUCAUCAUCAACGCCAUCCGCCGUCGAGAACGAAGCGAACAACAAUAA